AUGUCGUCUUCGACGACCCUCCCGUCCCCGCCGUUUCGCUAUCUCCCCGAUCGCGACACGUUUGUCACCAAGGCGUUGACCGAUGCCUCCAGAGUCAGUGCCCGGAUCGGCACCGGCGAUCCGUCUCAAGGCAUGUGGAUUAUGGACCUCGCGGCGCGCAUUGCGUUCCUCGCCAUGGACGCUCAGUGUGCUGGAUUGAAGGCCCGGAUCAUGGCCGAGACGGCAGCUGAGGACGUCAAGAAUCUCCCCGAGCUCCAAGCGUGGAGUCGGGGCUCCUACGCAGGGAAGACCACCAACGAGCUCGCACCGGUCCUCAAGCUCGCGCACCAGCUUCUCAAGGACAACGACCAGGGUGGACUCAGCUGGUCAAGCUACUUGGGCGGGCCCGGUAUCCCCGUUGAUACGCCUGUCACGAUCCAAGAGCCCUCUGGCGAAAGCAGUCGCCUCCCCCCCGCAGGAGCCGUUAGGAUCCCUCCGAUGUCAUUCGAUCUUGCUAGCCUUGCUCCGACUCCUAGCGGACCAAGCGCACAAGCUAAGAACAUACGGUAG